UCCGGGGAGGGAGCUUAGGCUAUGCUCUGAAAGGCUCAUUUAUCCCCGCGCUGCCGCCCAGAGCGGCGGACCCGGGCCCCUUCGCAGCAGCCUCCCCUCCGCUCUCACCAUGCUCCGCGUCCCGGCCGCCGCCGUGGCCCCUCUGCUGCUGGCGCUGCUGCUGGCGGCCCCGCCGGCCGGCCGCUCCGACAGCCCCAAGGGGAAGCAGAAGGCGCUCCGGCAGCGGGAGGUGCUGGAUAUGUACAACGGCAUGUGCUUGCAAGGCCCCAGUGGCGUUCCUGGACGGGAUGGAAACCCAGGAGCCAACGGGAUCCCUGGGACACCUGGGAUCCCAGGCCGGGACGGGCUGAAGGGGGAGAAGGGCGAGUGCAUGCACGAGAGCAUCGACGAGGCCUGGACCCCCAACUUCAAGCAGUGCUCCUGGAGUGCACUUAACUACGGCAUCGAUCUUGGGAAGAUAGCGGAAUGCACCUUCACCAAGAUGCGCUCCAGCAGCGCUCUCCGAGUCCUCUUCAGCGGCUCGCUGCGGCUCAAGUGCAGGAGUGCCUGCUGCCAGCGCUGGUACUUCACUUUCAAUGGAGCAGAGUGUGCUGGGCCACUGCCCAUCGAAGCCAUCAUCUAUUUAGACCAAGGAAGCCCAGAGCUGAAUUCCACUAUCAACAUACACCGAACGUCUUCAGUGGAAGGUCUGUGUGAAGGCAUCAGUGCUGGCUUGGUGGACAUUGCCAUCUGGGUUGGGACUUGCUCAGAUUAUCCAAGGGGAGAUGCUUCUACUGGAUGGAAUUCAGUCUCCCGAAUCAUCAUUGAAGAACUGCCAAAAUAAUUUUCCCUCCCU